AUGCAUCCCGAUCUAGAGCGCGAACUCACACACACGCUUCUGAUUGAGUUGCUGGCACAUCAAUUCACAUUCCCCGUUAAAUGGAUUGAUACUCAAGAUGUCAUCCUGGGCCAGUUUGGCACGGAGCGCGUCGUCGAGGUGGGGCCGUCCAAUGUCCUCACUAAUAUGAUGAAGAGAACGUGGAGCACAGGGUUCAAAGAGCAGGACGAAUCACAAGGCAUUCGACGGCGGAUUCUUGGACCCCAAAAUGACCAAGACGAGAUCUAUUAUCGUGAGCUACCAGAAGAGAGCCCGGACCAACAAGUAUCGCCAGCCGAUACCCAAGCCAGGCCAGUAACAGAAUCAUCAAAGCCAGACACGCAGCCAGCGGUUGCAUCCACAAAGCCCACAAGUGUAAAACAACCUCUAGAAUCUGUGAAAGAUGUAGAAACGCCAACUUCAUCAAUUGUACUUGCUAUUAUCGCUGGAAAGUUGAAGAAGAAAAGUCAAGAUAUUCCAUUGAACGCUUCUAUCAGCAGUCUUGCGGCAGGCCGCUCGACUCUUACAAAUGAGAUCGUGGGAGAUUUGCAUGCUGAGUUCAAGGGCAAGCUGCCUGAGCGACCGGAAGAUCUACCGCUCGAGGAACUCUGCCGGUUGCUGAGCACCAGUCACACUGGCCGACUUGGUAAACAAACCGAGUCAAUGGUGAGCAGACUUAUCUCUGCCAAGUUUCCUCCUGAAUUCGCCCAAUCUACUAUUCGCCAGACGCUGGAAAUCCAAUGGGGCCUUGGUCCUAUGAGGCAGGAUGCUGUCUUACUUGCAAUGGUGUCUGAUCCACCAGAUGCACGCCUUUCAACCGAUGAAGCGCACCAACGUCUCACAAGCUGGGUGGCCAGUUAUCUCGAAAAAGAAGGAAUCUCCAUGGCGAGGUCUGAGCAAUCCAACGACCAAGCAGUCAUGAUUGAUUCGAAAGCAAUGCAGAUGAUCACGGAAAAGUCGUCAGCGCUUGUCAAAGAUAUCCGGGAUGCACUGGAUGCUCAUGUUCAGGAAACCUCUCCUGCGAAACGUGAACCAGAUGGCGCGAGUAAAGCUGCAAACGAAGCCAUUGAAAAAUUGGAUGUCUGGGUAUCUGAGCACGGCGAAGUGUAUGGCGAAGGCAUCUUGCCUAAGUUUGAUGUCAAAAAAGAGCGCACAUAUGAUUCUUUCUGGAACUGGAAUACCCAGGAUAUUGUGCGUCUAGUGCAAUUGCUGGGCCGUCAACAUUCAGAAAGCGAAUCGGCCCUGAUCGAGGACCUGACUUUCAACGUCAUCAACCGAGCUUGCGACCGUUCAAUCUCGCAGAUCAGAUACCUCAUGUCAACAGCCAGCAGAAGAGUGAAGGAAGAAGUCACGCUAUACAAGUCACUGCGCUUUCUCCAUGAGGCUUGCGUCAUCUCAAAAAACUUGAAUCCCGUCUUCAUCGACCGAUCGGUUAGCAUGGCACCACUGACAAUGGUUGACGACCUUGGAAAGAUUCAGUUUCGCGAAAUACCAAGAAUCGCCAUGAACCCGAAAGGAAUGCAAGCGUUAUCAAUGCCCUACGCCGUGAGCAGAUUCAGCAAUGGCGUUACCACUUUCUCAGAAGAACUCAGCACUGCCUUCGCUUCUGACCUUCAGUCUGUCAAGCGAACAGGUUUUUCUUUCCGGGAUAAAAAUGUUCUGCUGAAUGGAGCUGGAAAGAGGUCUAUCGGAAUACACAUCCUCCGUUCCUUACUUGAAGGUGGGGCUAGGGUUACGUUGACGACGAGCAGCUACUCUCCCGAAACUACCCAGAUGUACCAGGAUCUAUACAGAAGAUAUGGUUCGCGGCAUUCAGUCCUUCGGGUGCUUCCCUUCAACCAAGGAAGUCAGCGUGACGUCCAGAAUUUGGUCCAAUAUCUAGAGUCGGAUCCAGCUUGGGAUCUAGACUACAUUGUACCAUUCGCGGCCAUCUCUGAGAACGGCCGCAGUGUUGAAGAGAUUGACUCAAAGUCGGAGCUCGCGCACCGUCUCAUGCUCACCAAUCUCGUUCGACUCCUUGGAGCAAUCGCUCGAAGCAAGAAAAACAGGAACAUCAGAACGCGCCCUGCCACUGUCAUCCUCCCGCUAUCGCCAAAUCAUGGGCUGAUGGGAGGAGAUGGGCUCUACUCGGAGUCGAAAAGAUCACUGGAAAUUCUCAUGGCGAAGUGGUCUUCUGAGUCAUGGGCAGAGUACCUCUCCCUUUUUGGCGUCGUUAUCGGCUGGACAAGAGGUACCGGGCUUAUGGAUGACAAUGACGUGGUCGCACAAGCGGUAGAAGCCUUGGGUGUUCGGACAUUCGCUACCGACGAAAUGGCAAGCAACAUCGUAUGUCUUAUGGGUGGCCGUCUCAAUGCAGAAUGCCAGUCCAUCCCACUGUUUGUCGAUCUAGGUGGAGGCCUGAAUUCGGUCAAUGACUUCAAGAAUCGACUUGCAACCAUCCGCAGGGACUUGACUGGAUACUCCCAAACAUCAAAAGCCAUUUGCGACGAGAUGGCGAGAGAUGCUUCUCUCAGUGCUGAGCCUGACGUCAAGAGCAAGGCUUCUAAACUGGAACGGACUAUAGACAUCAAAAGCAACAUGAAUAUCGCUUUCCCGAAUCUUCCCAAUUACGAAAAGGAGCUUGCUCCUCUGUCAUUGGUCAUGGAAGAUAUGGUUGAUUUGAGCCGCACCGUUGUCGUCACUGGCUUCGCUGAACUCGGCCCUCACGGCAGCAGUCGGACUCGGUGGGAGAUGGAGGCAGAUGGUUCAUUAUCUCUUGAGGGCUGCAUCGAGAUGGCUUGGAUAAUGGGUCUGAUAAGACACCAAGCAGCUAACCCGAUGGAUGAUGACAGUGUGACUGGCUGGGUCGAUGCUGCUACACAGAAACCCCUUAAGGACAGCGAGAUCCCUGCCCGAUAUCUGUCCAAAAUACUGGAACAUAGCGGUAUCCGCACAAUCGAGCCUGAAAUAUGCGACAACGGAUACGAUCCGGACUUCAAAGAGUCCUUGCAGGAGUUGGUCCUCAAGCGUGAUUUGCCGCCUUUCGAAACUUCGGCAGAGGCAGCAGAAGAUCUGCGACGCAAGCACGGCGACAAGGCGGUGAUAUCUACCGAUAAUACUGGGACUUUCCAUGUGCAGCUGAAAGCCGGUGCUACCCUCAUGAUUCCAAGAUCAUCGCGUUUCAACAGGACGGUGGCCGGUCAGAUCCCUACUGGCUGGUCGCCCAAGCGCUACGGCAUCUCUGAUGAUAUCAUCCACCAAGUAGACCCAGUAACGCUGUUCUCUCUUGUCUGCACCGUCGAAGCAUUCUUAUCCUCAGGCAUCCUGGAUCCCUACGAGCUCUACCAACAUAUUCAUGUCUCGGAGGUUGGAAAUUGCAUUGGCUCGAGUAUGGGCGGGCUUUCUUCGCUCAGAAGCAUGCAUCGAGACCGAUUUAUCGACAAGCAGGUCAAGAGCGAUGUGCUUCAAGAGACCUUCAUCAAUACAACAGGCGCUUGGGUCAAUAUGCUUCUGACUUCGUCAUCGGGCCCCAUUAGAACACCUGUCGGUGCUUGUGCUACCUCACUCGAGUCUCUUGAUACGGCAUAUGACCUAAUCGUCGCACAGAAAGCCAAAGUGUGCAUAGUCGGCGGUGUGGAGGACUUUGUAGAAGAUGUCUCAUAUGAGUUUGGUAGCAUGAAAGCCACCUGCAAUACCGAUGCCGAAUCCGCCGCUGGGCGUAGCGCACAAGAGAUGUCAAGACCGAUGGCAUCUAGCAGAAGCGGAUUUGUAGAGUCUCAAGGAUGUGGCAUACAGAUUGUUACCUCAGCGGAGCUGGCUCUCAAGAUGGGCCUGCCGAUAUACGGUGUCGUGGCUCAUACAAGUAUGUCAGCCGACAAGGCAGGCCGUUCUGUGCCAGCGCCAGGCAAGGGUGUGUUGAGCAACGCACGCGAGCGACAUAGCACAGCAAAGGAGCUCCCUCGGCCACUGCUAGACCUCAAGCUAGACCCCAAGUAUCGACGAAAGCAGCUUCAACAGCGACGAAACCAGAUAGCUGCCUGGCGCGAAGAAAGCAUUGCAUUCAUGGAAGCAGAGAUCGACAUGUUUUCGCAUCUCACCGAAGAGGAGCGGCUCCAAUAUCGCCGGCAAAAUAUCAUCGACAUUGAAAAAGAGGCACUGAAGCAGCAAGCAGAUGCUGCAUUCAACAUCAACCAUCAAUUCUGGCAGAAAGAUGAAGCGCAGCGCAUAUCUCCUAUCCGAGGCUCCCUGGCAACAUGGGGUCUCGGCAUCGAUGACAUUUCCGUUGCAUCACUCCAUGGAACUUCUACCGUUCUCAACGACCUGAACGAGACGCUCGUUAUUGAGAAGCAGAUGCGACAUUUGGGUCGAAAAGAAGGAAAUCUCCUACCUUGCGUCAGUCAAAAAUGGCUGACGGGCCAUUCCAAGGGUGCCGCGGGCGCUUGGAUGUUGAAUGGUUGUCUGCAGAUGAUGGACUCUGGCCUCAUCACGGGAAACAGGAACGCCGACAACAUUGACACCAAGCUGCGUGAACGCGGAUACUUGUACUUCCCCAAUGUCACUCUGGAGCCUGAUACCGUGGAUGGCAUCAAGGCAUGCUCAAUCACCUCGUUCGGCUUCGGUCAAAAAGGUUGCCAGGCGCUCAUGGUUCAUCCUCGUUACCUUUUGGCGACGAUUUCGAAAUCUGCGUUUGAUGAAUAUGCGGCAAAGAGACAUAGGAGGUGGCAGUUGGCUUGCUCUUCGUUUUCGGAUGCGCUGGUGAAUGAGAACAUGGUUUCGAGGUGCAUCAAAGACCAUGCACCGUAUGAGUCGAGCGAGGAGAUGGAUGUGCUACUUGAUCCGUUGCGGAGAUUCAAUAGCUUGUGA